UGCUACCACUGUCGCUGAUGGGCUUGGCCUUGGCCAGCACUGGGUCUCUCUUGGAGCCGGCUGGCCUUGGCUCUGUCAGACACAGGGGAAGCUUCUAGCAGCUUCUCACAGAAGCCACCCCUGUAGCCCCCCCGCUACCAAAACCUUGCCACGCAAACCCUGAACAUCACCCCACAGGCAGUAAUUCUGCACCUGAAACCGAGCAGCCUGGUGCCUCCCACAGCUCGUGCCCAUCUGCUCUGGACGCAGAUGUGGCUCCCUGCGAGCCCCAGGGGCCUCCUGAGUUAUUUGGUGACUCUGCACGUCCUGCGGCUGGGAUCAGCUGACUUUACUGUGGUGGGACCAGACAGCCCUCUCCAGGUCACCGUGGGGCAGUAUGUCGUGCUGCCAUGUCACUUGUCCCCCCGUGCGGACACUCGGAGCUUGGACAUCAGGUGGAUUCGGCGUCAUGUCUCUGAAACGGUGCACCACUACCGAAAUGGAGAGGACCUGUAUGGGGAUCAGAUGGAGGAAUAUGUUGGGAGGACAGAGUUGGUCAGGGAUGGUCUCUCCCGUGGACGCCUGGACUUGCGAAUCUCUGGGUUGAGACCCUCUGACGAUGGUCAGUACAUCUGCACUGUGACAGAUGGUGCCUCUUAUGGAGAAGCUAUGGUGGAUCUGGAGGUGGCAGCCACAGGCUCUGUCCCUCAGCUCUCCCUCGAGGCUUACGAGGAUGGAGGAAUGUGGGUGGUGUGUCAAUCGGCCGGCUGGUACCCACAACCGGAGGUGCUGUGGAAAGAUCCCGACGGGCAGCCUCUGCCCUCAGUCUCCCAGAGACAUUCCUCGGAUGUGAGGGGCCUAUUUGACAUCGAAGGCAUCAUCGUUGUGACUGGGAACAGACAUGGGAAGUGGUCCUGCGUGGUCAGGAACAGCCGCCUCAACCAGGAGCAGGAGACGUCCCUGCACAUCUCAGCUCCCUUUUUCCACAAUGCCCGUCCCUGGAUGGUUGGUGUGGGGGUGCUCCUCGUGCUUUCACUUGUGUUCCUUGGCCUCGGUGCUUAUCUGUGGAGAAGGAAAGUGCUGCAGUCCAGAGAGCUGGAGGAACGAGAUGCAUUACUGGAGAAAAGAGUUGCAGGACUGAAGGCCUGGAGAAAGUUUCUGCUUCCCCAUCAUCCAGACGUGGUGACCCUCGAUCCAAACUCGGCUCAUCCUGAUCUUGUCCUGUCAGCGGAUGGGAGAAGUGUGAGAUGGGGAAGAGCACGGCAGGACCUGCCCGACACCCCUGAGAGAUUUACAUAUUGGUGCUGUGUGCUGGGCCAGGAGGGGUUCAUGGCCUUGUUCAAUGGAGAGAUCAUCCGACCCUGGUUUUUGCUGGAAACGGAGGAAACCGAACUGUGCCUGAGGGACUACACCUCCUAG